CAUUGGCUGAGCUCAGGGUGGGCGGGUUCUGUUACCUGGGGCAACAGGAACAACAAGCCUGCCCCGGCGUGGCUCCCCCGCAGGGGUGGGACCAUGGCUGGUCGGACCCUAGCUCUGCGCUACGGUCCCCCAUGGUCCCCAGUCUCUGGGACCGAGGUGCCUGGAUCCUGGCCCAACUGGCAUCUCACCAGCAGUGGUGUCGCCCACCACGUUAUCCCGCCUGUUUCCUUUCCCCCGCCCACUGUGCAGUACACGGUCGUGGAGUCCCUGCCACCGGCCGCCAAGCAGGAUUUGCACAUCUGGGAUUUUGAUGAGGUCAUCAGCAGAUGGGAGACAACCUCUGGCUCGGCUUACGUGCCUAAGCAGCACGGCGGGCCCUACGCACAGCCCAGGGCCCCAGAGCCUUCGGACCCCACGAGAACUGUGGGGAUCAAGGAUUUAGACGAAAAGCUCAGACACCGUGGCUGGCGCCUCCCGCUGAUCACGAAGCACCAGUGCAGUGAGAUGCGGGCGCAGUACACGGCCUGGCCCGACCCGGAUCAGCAGCGCCCCACCUUCUACGUCGGGCCCCAGCCCCUGGAGCUUGCGGAGCACCUUCGCGGAGGCCCUUCCCAGGCUUUAAUCCCUUGGACAAAGAACCCCGAGCUGGCCGGCCGGCCUUUCACAGUGUCUGACCAGGGCAUCUUGGACCGCCGUCAGCUCUAUCUGACCACCUCGGCCAAGGACUUCCGGACCUACCCGAAGAAGGAGUUAUCUAGAUAUCCCCGCAAGGACUCGCUGACCUCCUGGAGCUUUGACAAGACGCCUCAGGCCUGGGAACAUGACCCACAGAGGCCACCCUGUCCGCGCCCCUCUCGGCCGCCAGGGAUCCGCGUGCCCCACGUCCACCCGGUGACGACUGCAGUGCCACACCGCGGGGCGUUGUCUCUGGCUCAGGAGUCCUACAGACCCCCGCUGCACCCCCUCCUCGGGCUCGACCGUUUCUGCUCGCUGGAGCUGCCCUGGGGCGGCCCCCACUGGAAGCCAAUGUCGGGGAUCUACAGCCUGCCGCAAGCCUACCGCACUGAGAACUCCACCUAUGGCAGCAUGAAGCCUGCGGGGGUCUGAGCCUGCAGCGCCAGCCCCGCCCUGGACACGCCCCCCCUCCCCGGGCGCGGAGCUAAGAUCGGGAACCCCGCCCAUUACGUGGGAGUGAGACCAGGACACGCCCACUGAGCUGUGGGCGGGGCGACUCCCCACAC